AUGAUCGACAAAAUCUCGAUACCCUUAGCGAGUGAUUUUCAUAUUCACACUCGCCAAGAUGCAUUAAUGGAAAUGGUGGUCCCCCGAAUUAUCGAAGGGGGUGUCUCUUUAUGCUAUGUAAUGCCAAAUCUUACCCCACCAAUCACUACAACGGAACAAGCACUUUCUUAUAGAGCACAACUUCAAAGUUUGGCUCCGAAUGUUACCUUCCUUAUGAGUUUAUAUCUUAACCCAGAGUUAACACCUGAAGAAAUCAAAAAAGCUAAAUCUCAAGGAAUUAUUGGUGUUAAAUCAUAUCCAAGAGGUGUAACAACCAAUUCGGAUUCAGGCAUAGAAAAUUAUGAAGUUUAUUAUCCAGUUUUUCGUGCCAUGGAAGAAGUUGGGAUGAUAUUGAAUCUUCAUGGUGAAAUUCCAAGUGAUCCAGAAAAGGAUAUUUGCGUAUUAAAUGCUGAAGAAAAAUUUUUGGUGCAUUUGCAACAAUUGCAUCAAGAUUUUCCAAAAUUGAAAAUAGUUUUAGAACACGCCACCACAAAGGCAUCCGUUGAAAAGGUAAAAUCUCUUGGCGAUACCGUCGGAUGUACUAUUACUAUACAUCAUCUUCAACUUAUUGUAGACGAUUGGGCAGGGAAAUGUCAUAAUUUUUGUAAACCAGUUGCUAAAUUUCCUCAUGAUCGUCAAGCUUUGCGCGAUAUUAUUCUUGAAGGUCAUCCCCGCUUUUUCCUGGGUACAGAUUCGGCACCACAUCCUGCACAUUUAAAAGAAUGUGCACAAUCUUGUGCAGGUGUAUUUACGACUCCUUUAACACUUCCUUACCUUGCCACUAUUCUGGAUUCAUUUGGUGCAAUCGAUAAAUUACGUGGUUUUGCUUGUGAAAAUGGAAAAAAAUUUUAUGGUAUUAAAGAUGAUGAAAGUAAAAUCCAUGAAAUAACUCUAGUCAAACAAAAAUUAUCGGUUCCAGAAUCUUAUUCUUUUGGAAAUUUUUCGGUAACACGUCAAAGUUUCGUUGUUCCGUUUUGGGCCGGGAAAGAUUUAACCUGGAAAAUCGAAAACCGUAUGACGUCACCCUGA